UUAAACUUUUAUAUAAUUUACAAUGUAUAAAAUUAAUAAUUAGUGGUAUAUUUAAUGUUUUGUUUUAUUCAAAUUCUCUUUAAAAUGAUUAGAUUAAUCAGAAGGUUUUCUACAAAAAAGCUAAAAGAUUUGACGCACAAUGGACCUGCUAUAAUAAGUUGUAAAAACUCGGAAUUAAAUCAUUACACCAGAGCUAAAUAUGGAAAAUUCGAAGAAAUACCUUUGGCUUCCAAAGGCUGGAACCACAGAAAGUCCAGAGGUGAUUUUUUUGUUCUACACCCAUUUUUUGAGGGUGAGAAAACCAACAUCGAAAAGGAAAGUCAGGAAAGUAGUUUCCAAAGUCUAGGAAUAAAUGAAAGAAUUAUAAACUGUCUAAAAAAUAAUGAUAUUUGUUCUCCAACGCAAAUACAACAGAAAGCUAUACCAUCGAUUCUAGCUGGCAACAAUACUUUAAUUGCCGCUGAAACUGGUUGUGGCAAAACAUUGGCAUUUUUACUACCCCUUGCGCAACAAAUAAUUGAUUGGAAAGCCCUCCAAAAAGAUACGGCAUUCAACACUCCAUUAGGUCUUAUAAUUCUUCCCAGUAGAGAAUUAGCAAGCCAAAUUGGAGAAAUAGCUCUUAAAUUGUCAGAAGAAUUAUCAUUCACCACAAAAGUCAUCAUAGGUGGUAAAACAAAACAGAAAUUACUCAAUCCAAAAUUUGAAUCAAUUGAUUUGCUCAUAUCGUCCUUUGGAGCCUUGAGUAAACUUGUUACUAAUAAGAUUUAUAGAAUGAAUAACGUGCGGCAUGUCGUUUUAGAUGAGGCUGACACUUUGCUGGAUGAUAGUUUUAAUGAACAAUUAUCACAUUUUUUAAAAAAAUUACCAUUUUUCAAAUCAUCUCAUUCUUUUGGAUGUCAGUUAACUCUGUCCAGUGCAACACUUCCUCAAAAUUUAGAUGAACUUUUAAGCGGCAUCAUAGCUCCUGAAUCAAUACAUCCUGUUCACACAGAAAAUUUGCACAAGACUCAACCACAUGUGCCGCAAAAAUUCAUGCGUAUGUCACAAAUGGCAAAACCUACAGAAUUACUGAGAUUAGUAAAAUUUGAUUACCAAAAGAAAUACCCAGUGAUUAUAUUCUCAAAUAAAACCGAAACUUGCGAUUGGGUUUCAAUGUUCUUGAACGAAAAUGGAUUACCUUGUGUUAACUUAAACGGAGACAUGCCUUAUGUAUUCAGACUAAACACAUUUGAAAAGUUUCAAAAGGGCGAAGUAAAUAUAAUAUCAUGUACCGAUAUAGGAUCGCGCGGACUGGACACAGUGCGAGUAAAACAUGUCAUUAAUUAUGAUUUUCCAUUAUAUUCAGCCGAUUAUAUUCAUCGAUGUGGAAGAACAGGACGAACGGGUAGCCCUGAGGCUUGUCAUGUAACAAAUUUUAUUUCGAAACCGAGAGAAAUCGAACUGGUGCAACGGAUUGAGACAUCUGUACGUAGAAAGAAUACACUUCCAAAUGUUAAUGGAAAUAUAACGGGUAUUGUGAAGAGGAGGGUAAUAAGAAAUUUGAAUAAGGAAAUGAUUAAGUUGAGGAUAUGA